UUGCUUUACCUUUUCUUAGUUAUGGUGGUAUAUUGUUUUCUGCUUAUUUUGCUUUGUUUGAGUAGAAUUUGUGCUAAUAAUGGAAGGGAUAUUUGUUUUGUGAAUCUAUGUGUGAGGUUAUUAAGUUUGUGAACUUGUUUGAUGCCGCAACCAGGGUAUGAGGAAAAAAAAAGGAGCUUCUUUUGGAUGUUGUGUACAAGGGGGUUUUGGAAUUUUUACCAAUUUUAUUUAUAGGAUAUAGGGUCUUUUAUUAUGGGUUUCUUUAAGAAGAAAUCUGAAUUUCACUAUGAAUUUUCUACAUAUGUAAAAUUCUUUUGCUUUUUUUGUUCAAAAGAGAGGUAAAGAAUUGAGAGAGAGAGAGAGAGAGAGAGAGAGAGACUUCAUCUGGAAUUGAGUUUAAAUUUCUAGGAAUGAGUUAAGAAGUUGAGUCGGUGGACUUAUUUCCUCUGUUGUUUCUAGAUAUUGGGUGGUCUUUUGAUUCUUUAUCAGUUUAAGUCCCACCUAGUCAGCCACUGAACUCAAUUCAUUGUUUUUCCUAUCAUUGCUGAUUCCCUACAGAAUCAAUAAACGUGAUGUUGAAUUUGGUGUAAAGAUUAUAUCUUUGGGACAAGAGAUGGUUGCAGAAUCGUGGUUUCGCAGCCUUUGGAAGACCCCAAAAAAGCAUGAGGCUGCUGUGGAGAAAGCAAUUAUAGGAGUUUUGGCAUUUGAAGUAGCGAGUUUAAUGUCUAAGAUGAUCCAUUUAUGGCAGUCUCUGACUGAUAAGCAGGUUGCUAGGUUCAGAGAAGAGAUUACAAACUCAGUUGGUAUAAAGAAACUAAUUUCAGAUGAUGAUGAAUACAUUGUGAAAUUAAUAUGCACCGAAAUGAUUGAUAAUGUUUUGCAUGUGGCAAAAGCCGUGGCUAGACUUGGAAAGAAGUGCAAUGACCCCACUUUGAAGAGUUUUGAACAAGCUUUCAAUGAGUGGAUCAGAUAUGGUGUUGAUCCAAAUGGGUGGGCAUUUACAUGGAAGAAAAUGGAAAGGAAAGCUAAGAAGAUGGAAAAGUUUAUUUCGCUUAAUGCAAAUUUGUAUCAAGAGAUGGAAGUGUUUGCAGAUCUUGAACAAACGUUAAGGAGAAUGAAGAGUAAUGAAGAUUCAGAUGCUGCCAGUUUGCUGGAGUUUGAGAAGAAAGUCACAUGGAAGAAGCAUGAGGUGAAGCGUUUAAAAGAUGACUCCCUUUGGAACAGGACUUAUGAUUACACGGUUCUUCUCUUGGCACGAUUUAUGUUCACGCUAUUUGGUAGGAUCAAGCAUGUCUUUGGAGCUCCACAGAUGAUUGACAUUGGUGAAACUGAAGAUUCUGGUUCUGAUCAGAUUUAUCGUAGCCAAUCAGUAUCUGCAAUGUUGCAAUCUUCAGCUCAUCAAUCUGAGAGCAGUCUUCCUAGAUUUGCAUCAGGUCCCCUUGGGAAGUUUGCAGCUAAAUCAGGGCCAAUGUCUAAAACAAAUAAAACCAAUAAUUUCUAUUCUGGCCCUAUCAGUGUUGGUGCCUCAACACAUAAAACCAAUAAUUUCUAUUCUGGCCCUAUCAGUGUUGGUGCCUCAACACCAAAUUCCGGUCCUGUUACUGGCAAUAAACGGAAUAUUUUUCAUUCAGGUCCUAUUGGGAGGUCAACUACAAAAUCAGGUCCGAUUUCUGGAAUUAGUAAAAUGACCAAGAAGAUGUGGCAAACUCAUGACCAUUCCCGUGGAAAGAAAUCUAACGUGAAAGCUAAUCGACUGACUCAAGUGGGGCCUUUUAAAGGGUGCAUGAUGGGUGGAAACAGUUCUCCUGUCACCAAUUGUCAUUUGAGUUCAAAUGGAAUUCACUCAAGAAUCCUGAAUGGAGUCAAUGAUGCCAACACAGACUUAAUUAUGUCCAGCAACAUAGAGCUUAAUUCAUCAAGUUCUAUAUCUAAUUCUAAGUUGUUGGCUGCUCCACCUGAUACCCUUGGUGCUGCAGCCUUGUCUCUUCACUAUGCAAAUGUUGUUGUUGUAAUUGAGAAGUUAGCGGCUUCUCCACACUUGAUUGGACUUGAUGCAAGAGAUGACCUGUACAAUAUGUUGCCUGUAAGUGUGAGAACUGCUCUUAGGGCAAAGUUAAAACCAUGCAGCAAGAGCUUGGCCUCAUCAAGCUAUGAUCCAGUCCUUGCAGGAGAGUGGAACGAUGCGAUGACAUCAAUAUUAGAAUGGUUGGGGCCGCUAGCACACAAUACCAUAAGAUGGCAGUCUGAGCGAAGCUUUGAGCAGCAGAACUUGGUUUCUAGAGCUAAUGUGCUUCUGGUACAAACUCUUUACUUUGCGAAUCAGGAAAAAACUGAAGCAAUGAUUACCGAGCUUCUUGUUGGUCUGAAUUACAUCUGGAGAUUUGGUAGAGAACUCAAUGCUAAAGCUCUAUUAGAGUGUGCUAGCGGUAGAGUAUAUGAUGAGUAUUUGGAACUAGAUGGAUGAUAUUGUUUUUGCCCAUGGUUGUUACCAAAAGAAAUUUGAUCCCUGCUACCUUGCCAGUCCGCGAGGCUUCUCAAUCCUACUUGUCAAUACUAAUGAUUGCUAAGGCGAAAGAGAAAACUACGAACUAUGUUGAUAUUCAAGGGGGGUAUGCAUUCAUGAUGACUUAAAGGUAUUGAUUCAGCUUCUAAUUCUUUUCUUUUGGUGAGGAGUCCCUAGCCACCCAAAACAAGAAAAAUUGGGUCCUUUUUCUCUCCCUCAUAAAGACUUGUUUGUCAUUUCUAGUUAAGCUCGUCCACCUUUAGAGGUGUAUUUUAUUAGCUAUACUCUUUUGUAAUAGUUGUAAAGUUUUCUAUAUAAAGAUUCUUAUUCAUAGAUAGAAGAAGACCUAUUAGGGUCACGCAUGUUUCUUUCUGGAUAGCAGUCUCUGUAAGGUUGGUGUACUACGUUAUGCCACAUUGUAACUGAAGUGUAUGUGUUAUUAUACAUAAGCAGAUUCAAGUUUUCGCCCUUAAGGGCCAACCUA